GCGAGCUAUCGAGAUUUUCUGCGCGCUGUUAAACCCGAUCUGGUGGCCAGACUCGCUGAAAUCGUAGGUAACCGUCCAAUCAAAUAUAAUCUCAAAUUGGAGGCCUCAUACCAUAUACCGCGAUCGGAAGCACCGCCCGAGGACCGUGCCUUUAAAACACGGGCUAGGGCAUUGCUAUCCGAUACAGAUAUCGGGUGUGCGGUCGAUGAAGAUUUUGAGGUUAUGCUCGCCGAGGAAGACGUGUACUCGGGGAGGGGAAGCGGCUUUACUCUAUCGCAUAUCGACGGCCUUAUGCUCAGCGUAUACAAGUAUACGCCCCUCGCCGGCUCAUCAUAUAUUCCUAUCCCACCAGAAAUUCACCAUAGAAAAGCAAUCAUCAACUCACAGAAUAUCGAUCAGUCUUGUUUCAAGUGGUCCAUUUUGGCGAGACAUGUUAGCGGGAGUAAUAAAUCUCGCGUCGAACGAAAUUAUUUUAACGAGGAACACAGGUAUGAUUUCACGGGGUUGACGUUCCCCACACCUGUGUCCCAAAUUAAAAUAUUUGAGCGACGAAACCCUAACGUGUCUGUCAACGUGUACGGCUUGGAACGAGACGACGUUAAGAUGAAGUGGUAGGUGUAUCCUCUAAGAGUCGCCGACCAAGAGAAACAGAAUCAUUUUGACCUGUUGUACAUCGGUGACUCUGAAAAAUCACAUUAUGCAUACAUUUCAGAUUUUUCAAAGCUCGUGCGCAACCAAAAAACCAAACACAAAUGUCGUAUAUACACUUGUAAACGUUGCUUCACCAGCUUUGAUGAUCAGCCUAAAAAGCAUAUUCUUCGGGGUCAUCAAGCGUUGGAGCAACCCAAGUUGAUAUGCGGCAAGAACAAGCCUAUUUUACCUGAUAUGCCGGCAGAGGGCAGUAAGGUCGAAUUUGACGCGUGGGUAAAGACGCAACGGUUACCGUUCGUCAUCUACGCCGAUUUUGAGGCCUUACUGGAGAAAACAGACGAUCGUAUGGGUGCAUACACCAGGACUGUGCACACCCACCAUCCCAUGAGCUAUGGGUUCAUGGUGAAAACAUCGGACGAUGUACCCUCCGAGCUCCUCGAACGCUACGGUAUACCGCAAUCACCGGUGAUAUACCGUGGGUCCGAGGAUCGCGAAGAGGUCGCCAAGGCAUUUGUGAUGGCUGUAACUGAAGUGACGCGCAACAUUUCUAAAUUGUUGCGCAAAACCAACGUUCCCAUCCGAAUGUCUGCCGAUGAUGUGCGCAGGCAUGGGGAGAAAGUGGUAUGCGACUUGUGCCGUACAGCAUUCAAGGAUUCCAACCCUAAAGUCGCAGACCACUGCCAUUUAUCGGGGCGAUUCAGACAGACGUUGUGCAAUGCAUGUAACCUGAAAGUAAAGACGGUCAACUUUGUGCCGUGCUUCUUGCACAAUCUUUCAGGUUACGACGCGCAUUUCAUCGUCACUGAAUUGGGGUACGACGAUCAAAGGAUUUUGGUCAUACCGAAUUCCGAGGAGAAGUAUAUUUCGGUCACAAAACAUGUAACCAAUAACUUCUCCAUACGGUUUGUCGACACCUUCCGGUUCAUGGCCUCCUCCCUGUCCACUUUGGCCGGUAACCUAAUGACGCCCGACUUUGUUAAAUUCCGGGAGACGGCUAAGGUGUUCCGCCCGGAAGACAUGCCGUUGGUGACGCGUAAGGGCGUAUACCCCUACGAGUACACUGAUAGUUGGAUUAAAUUGGACGAAACNGAUAUCAGUUAA